CAACAACGAAGAGACUUUCCACAGAGUGCGAAGAUCACAAGACGACUUAGAAAGUGAAAUUCGACGUAAAAGACGAUUCUUUGCCCCGAACACACCUGUACAAGAGACCGAGGACAGUUAUAAAACAAAAAUGGAAGCUAGAUCGUCUCGUUCAUCCCGCGAGGAUAGGGACAUCACGGCAAAACGACCCGAGAGAUUUCGUCUCCGAAUUAGAAAAAGAAGCCAAGACGGAAGUUCCAUACUCCGCGGCGAUACUCCCGGCUCCGGUUCUCUGCCAGGAUCGGGUUCUUCCGGGGCAGGGUUGUGGAUGGGACCACUGUUAGAGAAAAAGCGGAACGAUAAACGAAGCGCUGGUUCAAACUCGCUGGAUAAUCUUAUAGCUACGUUACGAGCGAUCAGUUCUCUAAGUCCUGAUGAAGAUGACAAUUCAGCGGAAGAAGUCAGAUCCUCUGGUUCAGGUCUGUGGCUUGCGCCUGAAAGUACAGUUGAUAAUAAACUGCCACAGUUUUUUCAGGAGGAGGCAGACUCUGGUAGCGGUGAAAACCCGGAGAAAGCUUUAAGGCUGCUGAGUGAAACAGCCCAGAGAGAGUUAAAGCAAAAAGCAAAUGAAGUUGGCAGUGGUGCGGAGCAGAGAGUACAAAAUGAUGACAAAAAGGAAACCGAGCAGCAGACUGGCGAGAGACUUUUUAGACGAGAAAUAGAGAGCGACGCGCCUGCAGAUGAUUUAAUUGCUGCUAAUGAGAAUCAGGAUAAAAGAGGCGACUCUGAACAGGAAGACAAUCCAGCCUCAUCUUCAGGAUCCGCUGAUGAUUGGCAAGAAAUCGAAGAUAAGAUUUCAGAACAACCAGAUGAAAAAGUUACGCGGUCGCUAACAGAAGCCUUACUUCCAGACGCGUAUUACCGCACAAAGAGGUCAUCUCAAGAAAAUGCGUUUCUGGUUUCAGACCACAGUCUCGGUGAAAAUGACGCCCUUAUUGGCGAUAGCCUCGUGGCGCGGUUUUACCGCGAUCAAGACGCAGUUUCCGAUGACGUCACAGAAACGUCGGUGACAUCCCUUCCUAGCGAGACCCAGUCCCUUUCAAGUCCCGAAACCCAAGAAAAACCUGUUAAACGAGAACUGGAAAAUCAUAACUUUAGAGACUUCUCAGAGCCAAGGGUUGUGUACACAAGGCAGAUUAGAGAAGCUCGAGAACCUAUCAUAGAAAGACCUGCCGUUUACUCACAAAUCGAAGACGAGAGUGAGAUGGAUUCCAGCUUCGGAGGCGAGGACGAUGACGACGACGAACCAACUUUAACGAUUCAUGAAAGAGAGAUUAGAGAAGACGGAUAUGUCGGCUGUUACGAGGACAAGGCUCCCGACCGAGAUCUUCCCUCCAUAGUCUCAGUUCCCAAACUGACUCCAGACUCAUGUCGUAGUGCAUGCCGGACAGCAGGUCACGCUUAUGCUGGAGUGCAGUAUGGGUAUUUGUGCAGGUGUGGCGAUUCGUACGGGAAGUACACAAAGGUUUCAGACGAAGAAUGUAAUACUCACUGUACUGGAGAUCAUGCUCAGAAAUGUGGAGGAUUCUGGAGAAGUGCAAUAUUCACGACUGCUGGAGCAAUGGAACCCACAAAGCGUGGAAACUUCUUUCACAUUGAAAGUGUUCGGCCUAUGACAGAAGAAGAUCUUUUUGACAUUCCUCGCAGCGACAUCGCUUCUGGUGGUGAAGCAGAGGCAGAGGAACAUCAGCAACCAAUAAUCACAGAAACCUUUCACUUGACAGCUUCAGAAUCCCCUGCGACUGAAGUAACGGCAGCUGAAGUGGUAACUACCCCACUUGAGUCGUCUGGUAAUUAUGUGCAGGAGAUACACAGAGAACCAUCUCUCCAAGAAUCCCCUGUGCAAUCACUUCCCAUAGAGACAGCCCAGGAAGACAAUUCUUUAAACACGCAUGCGUCAGGCGAAGAGCACCCACAUGAGAAAGCAGACUCUACGCAUGCUACAGUAUCUGCUUCUACAGUUGAGCCCGAUUCUGCGCAUGCUGCAGAUAUCUCACCUGCGAUCGCAAUUUCUGAAGCUCCUCCUCAAGCUUUGACCCAAUCUGAACCCAAACCAUCCUCCGGUUCACCUGCAAUAGCUACUCAACCGGUACCGAGUGUGGUUCAUCCUCAACACAAUGAAACGCCACAGGGUACCCACGGGAGUCGACUGAUUUACUUGCAUCAGCAACAGGAUAUUUUGUCAAAACCAACUCCAAAAACUAUCGUGGCAGUGGCUCCGGGAAAGCUCAAGGAAGGAACUGUCGUCUACACGGGAACAAUCAAGCUGAAACAAAGCUGGCUGGACCAGUUUGAAGAUUCCAACAGCGCAGAGUCAAAAAUAUUAACAGGAAAUAUCGAGCAAGCGUUCAAGCGUGUGUUCAAGAAUGAUCCAAAAUUUGUCAAGGCCGAGGUUGUAGGAUUUAGGGAAGGCCUCGUGAAACACAACCCGAACACCAUACGUAAGGUGAUUGCACCGUUCAUUUUGACGUUCAAGAACGGCAUCCAAGGCAUCGAGGAGAAACUAAAGAACAUGGUACAGAAUGUGGGGAAACUUGAUGAUAUGCCUGUGUAUAAACAUUCACUCCAAUUGUCAGAAUAUAGUCAUUCACCAGCUGUAGGAAAAGCACCGGAAACAAUGGACGAGGCAAGCAAAGUGGACCUCGUUGAGGAGGAUAAGAAGCGGAGUACUGUCAAUAUUCCAAACGGUGGAGUUGAUCCUUUCCUUAAAGGAAUAUUUAGACAGAUUUCGGCGUGAGCUCUAGUUUAGGUUUCACUCUUUCAGAGAAACCAUACACCUUACAGCUUUUUCUAAUGAAAGACUUUUUCGGAAAGAAGAAAAGAAACUCACAAUCAUUUAGGGAAUAAAGAGACAAGCCGAGUGAAUUGAAAAAGAUCUACAGUCGCCGCAGUUAAUAAUAGGUUCAGAUUGUAAACGCCGGUCGCACCAAUAUAGCGUUAUCGGCAGUACAACACAUCCAAUAUAUCUGAGCUAAAUACUUUUAACCAAUGGACAACUUUUCAAAAUGGCAUAAUUUGUUUAGUCAACACAAAGCGCACCAAAGAAAUAAUCUUUAGGUUUUAUUAUUUGUAGAAAAGAUCACGAGAUAUCAGAUUUCAACGUUUAGUUUCCGGAGUUUUGAAGAUCGCGGAUAUACUCCACGCAUUCAGUUAAUAAAUCGGAGCGAAAUAGUAAACAGUGCGAUAGGAGCGGAAACGAAGGAGGCUUGGAUCGAGUCGCGUUCACUUCGUGGCCCGACCCAAACCCGCUCUUCGUGUAGUAAAAUUUAAUUAUCUGACAGGAAGUAUCUAAGAAAAGUGCUGCAAGUAUAAAGUGCACUAUGAGAAAAAGUUGUAUGCUCUUUUUGUUUCAAAAAUUAAUCAUCAAUUGUAAUGGGGCUAAAUCACGAAAGCCUAAAGAAAUUUGUCUUUUUACUUUCAUGAAUGAUAUUUGAUUUUCUAUUAAUCAAGUAAACGUAAAUAAAAUUUAUUUU